CCUGGUCUUUGCCCCUUUUGUAACGCGGCGCUGCGUCACUAUAAAUCCAGGCACAGCAGCGACGUAUCUCACUUCACGCAACGCGACCAGCGCUGCGUCGAAAACGGGAGCGUUGGGCAUCACUAAUAGCCCAAAUUCAUAGCCAGUCUAAACCAGUAAAUCACAGUGCUCUUAAAUCAUGGUGCAAACGCGCCGCGCGCGACGCGUUGCUACGGCUCCGCUGCUGCGGCUCCCGGCCGAGAUUCUGCGUAAAAUCGCCUCGACCAGCGUCUCGCCGGGACUCGUCGUCGCCGCCGGGCAAAACGUCGAGGCGCGGACCGCCCUACGCAAGGGCACUGACGCGGCCGAGCGAUCGCGCUUCGGCGGCAUCGGCGUCACCAUCAAAGAGGCGGAGCAAAUCCUGCGGACGAGGUACCGGGAGUACACGGACGAUCGUUGGCUCGCGUCCCGCGCGGCCGCCGGGCGGGCGCUCUGCCGGGAGAACUUAUUGCGCUGGGCGGACCGAGACAAGGACCAGGACCACCCCGAUUUCCCGGAACGCGAAGAAGACUUGAGAUGGGAAUUCUCGGAGCGCGAGCCGGGCAACACGGAUUCGGUCUUUUAUUUCGAAGAAGUGGGCGUCUUCUUCGCGACGGGGUGGUGCAAGAUGAUGAUCGCAUACGGCGCGGAUCUCGACGCGCAGAACGCGGGCGGAUACACGCCGCUCCACUACCUGGCGGCGUACGCCCCUCCUAUCGCGCUGGCCAGCGACCUUGCCCGACUACUUAUCGGGGCGGGCAACGACAUGGAUGCCCGUUGCCAGCCCUACUACGAAAGCCGUGGCCCGACGCCCCUCUGCUGGUGCCUGACGGCGCACCCCUGUCAGCUUGGUGGUCCCACCGACGCCCAUUACGAGCUCGCGACGUCCCUCAUUGAGCAGGGGUGCGACGUGCUCCUGUCGCAUCGCGGGUACCUGAGAAUGGGCCGGUCCUAUCCCCAAGACGACGAUUGCCCCUGGCCCUAUCCCGAGCCGCUGCUCCAUGUCGUAAAGCGACGAGCCUUGCACCAGGCCGACCAGACGCCAGAGGUCCACGGGCGCUUCAUGGCGUUCUUCCGGGAGAAGCUCGAGGCUGCCGGCCUGGAGUUGGACUCGGACGGCGAGGAGGUGGUCUCGGACUCGGACUCGGACUCGGGCUCCGCGUCGGACUAAUGUACUAACUAUAAGCAAACCCCG